AUGUCCUGGCUGGCUUUCCAAGAUCCUAGUAUGCAGGACUCCCUUUCUUCCACUUCCUCUUCGGGCGACUCUCCCACACUGUCGGAUUGCCGACUAGGUGGUACAUCACGGCAGCCUCAAAAGCCGAUACCCAGGAAGGGACACACCAAGUCGCGGCGAGGCUGCUUCAACUGCAAGAGGCGAAGGAUCAAGUGUAAUGAGAAACAUCCAGAUUGCCACCACUGCGUCAAGGCAGGACUGCAGUGUGCAUACCCAGUCAAUAUAAUACAAUCAAUGCAACGAUCUCCAGUCUCUCCACGCCCGCAUGAAGUUGUAUGUUGGCGCUCAACGCCCGGCACGUUCUCUAUGUCCGACAUGCGCCUGUUCCACCACUUCCUCAUCACUGCGUAUCCACAUUUGCCAGUUGGUGGCGACAGGAUAUGGGUAGAUCUGAUCCCAACGUUCGCACACAAUUACGAGUAUGUCAUCCACUCGAUUCUCGCUCUAGCUGCAUCCCAUCUCGAUGCUGUCUCAAACGCUGGCGUUGCCGAACAAGCAAUUCAGCACCGCAUCUUGGCCGUCAAGUCACUCAAAAAAGCACUCUCAGUUCCACCGAGGACGCGGUGUGAGAGGGAUGCGAGAAUGGCCGCCGCCAUAGCCCUUGCAUUCCAAUCGAGCCACCUACAAGAUGGGCUCGCCGAGUACUUGACGAUGGUGAGGGGGUGCAACCUAAUCGCUGGAGACGAAGGCUUUGCCAGCCCGGAUUCUGUUUUCCAUACCUUCUCAGAAGACACCCACCUCGAAACAAUCAAGCACCGAAUCGCCACAAACCCCCAACUCAACCACAUCAACCACGCCGACCUCGACCUCGCCACGCUCUCCCUCCACUCAGUCAAACACCUAGCCAUGUCCGACACAGAGCGAACAUACCACGACCUCCUCGCCCAAACUAUCUCCAGCGCCUACGCCAACCCAGCAGAAGCCUACACGACCUUCGUCGCAACGCACAACACGCCCUCGAAAUGGACACACGAUGAGUUCCAGACGUUCAUCGAUCCGGACAACAGCGUCGCGCUGAUUCUUCUAGCGCACUUCAUCGCCAUCCAGGCCACUCUCACGCCUAUAUUGUACCUCGAGAGGGUGGGCUUUCGGGGCAUCGAGGCGCCGACUGCGGUGCUGGGUUGGAUUGAGGGGAUCUAUGGGAGUGUGCCGAUGCAUUUGAGGGGGUGUGUUGAGUGGCCGAGACGGGUCGCGAGGUAUCCGUGUCUGCGGUUUUUGGGACAGGGGUAG